AUGGCCGGAGACAAGAGCCUUGCUGCGAUCUUGUGGCGGCGGCGCUUCGGGCUCCUGCUGCUGGCCACGGCGCUCUGCGGCGGGGGCUCGGCAGGCAAGAAUCCCAGCUGCCACGAAGUGAGGACGGCCUUUCAGAUCCGGCAGAUCGGCCCGCUCAAACUGGUGCCCGAUGUCCCCACCACCGAUUCCAAUUUGCAGAUCUGCCAGCACAGAGCACCAACAUGUUGCACUAAGAAGAUGGAAGAAAGCUAUCAAGCAGCUGUUCGAAGAGAGAGGAUGGAGAACAUCCAGACUCUAAAUUUUGAACUGAAAUAUAUGAUUGUUGGUCACAUCACAGCUUUUCAAGCGGCCUUUGAGUCAUUGCUUCGCUUGGCUGAAAACCACACAACUUCUCUGUUUGAGACUGUCUACAGGUCGCUGUCAAAGGAGGCAGUUGAACCUGUCAAAGAGCUCUUUACGGACAUCUCGCUCUACCUUUUGGGUGCUCAGACCACAGUGGAAAGUGCAUUUUCCCGGUUCUUUGAUAGCCUCUUCCCUUUGGUUUACAGCCGCCUAAUAAACCCCGGAAUUACAGAUUUGUCAGAAGAGUAUACAGAAUGCCUGAGACUAACGCGGCAAGAUAUCAACCCGUUUGGACGAUAUUCUAAAGAAGCUGUAACAGAGCUGGCAAAGUCUCUCUGGGCAAGCAGAAUGUUCAAUCAGGCUCUUGGGAUGGGCAUUGAAGUGCUGAAUGCCACUGAGCAUACCACUUUGACAAAGGAAUGUAGCCGAGCCCUAGUGAAGAUGCAAUAUUGCCCUCAUUGCCAAGGCCUCACACUCAUCAGACCUUGUGAAGGGUAUUGUCUAAAUGUAAUGAGGGGAUGCUUUGCUAGUGUAUCAGAACUGGAUACUCAGUGGAGAGAAUACAUUUAUACCCUGGAAUAUCUCAGUAAUGAAAUGGCUGGAUCUCAUGAUUUGGAACUGGCACUGGUGGGUGUUCGGUCCUCUGUCAAUGAGGCCAUUUUGUAUUCACAACUGAAUGGACCACAGCUGUCGGCCACUGUUGAUAAAGUAUGUGGACAUCCUGAAGAAAGAGAAAUGAAACCUUCCCCAGACAAUAUAGUGCAAGCAAAAGAAAUAUCUGAAACACAGCCUCUCACAAUGGCACACUCCUCUAUUCUAACCAAUAAAAGGAGUUCUCUGCCUCUGAAAGCUUCAAAGAAUGACAAAUCCAGAAGUUUGAAAAAAAUGUCCCGGGAGUUCAUCAACUACAUGAAACGAUCCAGAACUCUUUAUGCCUCUUUAACAGAACGACUCUGUGAUGGGGAUCUAGUGAUGAAAGACAGCUCAACUUGCUGGAAUGGAGAGGAUGUUGUAGAAAGUUAUACUAGCAGAGUGAUCACCAAUGGACUGAAAGCACAAAUUAAUAACCCAGAACUGAAAGUCAGAGCACUGGACCCACACAUCCGCACCUUAAUUGAUAAAUUACAGCAUUUUAAUCAGCUGGAAAGUGACAAGACAAAUCUAAAAUCUGAAAGAUGGGCGCCUCGGGAAAGUGGCAGUGGAGGUGGAAGGAGUGAAGAGAUGGAAUCUAGUGGAGACUGUGAUGAUGAGGAUGGAUGCCAAGGAUCGGGUGAAAAGAGCCGCACAACAGAUGAUCUCAGAGCCAAUUCAGGAGACAGGAAUGAAUCUAACUCAACGGUGAAAAAGGCAGACUCCACAGACAACAUUAUUGUAAAAUUGUCUCCUAAAGAGAACAGGGGCAAUCAAGUUAUGGACAAUCAAGUUUCAAUCACCUUGCUCUUCACUAUCACAGCCCUAGCAGUUUUGUGGCACUCUUUGUUAUAGCUACAUUGCAUUGUAUUAACUGUGCAGGAAUUUCUGCUCACUGUCAUUUUAUACCUACAGCCUUACCCAAGUGAAAACAAAGUUAAAUGGCUCAGUGGUGCACUCUAGUAUCAUGCGGUAUAUUAGUAGAUGUGCUAAACAUUAGUCUGGGACUGGCUAACGGAAAACAUCAGUGUGUUCACGAUGUCUGGGGAUGGUUCUUGAGAGCAUCUUAUCUAUUCAAGAUGCAAAAAGGAUGAAGAAUGGAACCCUGAGUAGAUUAAGUUAUUGUAACAGAUACAAUUAAGAAUGUUCAAGUUGUAAAUUAAUAUGUUGGAAUUUCCCCCUUUUUACUCAUUGGCUAAUGGACUGUUGUCUAUUUGUCUGAUAUUUCACAUGUGUUCCUUUGAAUAAUCUGUUUCCAGGAGCAGUUCAAUAGUAAGUUAUAUCUUUAGGGAUCAGCCACUAUAUGUUAAGUGAAGUACAGCACUAUUUACCAGUUGGAUAAAAUUCCUAAGUGGUACAAGAAGAUUGUAGCAUGUUUUAAAUCUCUUGGUUCCCCCCCCCCCUUUAAUGUUUAGAGCAUAGAAAGCAAUAUAACAAAACAUAUGCUGUGUCUAAUGUAUUGGUAUAGUUGCCUUAACUGUUUAGAAAAAAAAUGUAGAAACACUUUCUGAGUUAUUUUGAAACAUGAAAACAGGUUUCUUUGCCCAUGUAUUUCAUUACCAUAUGCUUAAGAUUAUGUGAAUGUCUGACAAAUGGGGGAGGGGAAUAGCAAAUGGAGUCUGUAUGGUAUAAGAAUGGAGAACCUCAUCCAGAGCCAUGGGAUGCACAUCUGAGGAGGGAAGUGAGUGGCUGGAGUUGGUCCCUCCGUCUCAUCACAAACAGAUGAUCAGAAUCAGCACACCAUCUAUUUUGUGGGGAAGUGCUCUCCACAGUCCAGCAAUACCCAGUUCCUCCGGCACAGUUCAGAUGAGGAUCUGUAUUUGGAUUGCUUUGACUGAACUGGGGCAAAAGUUUUUGUCUCCCAGAGAGUUAAUGGUUACUUCUCUAUUAAAGAGGGGUAUUGUUGCACUGUAAAUCUGUGAAUUACAGUGUGCCCUGUACACAGAGACUAUUUAAUUACAUGUAAUGUUUUAUUGUGCUAUGAUAGGAAAAAAUAAAUAUGAAAGAAACAUCAACUUAAAAUGGGGGGAUCCAUUAUUUGCGAUUUUCUCUUUCAUAAGUAUGUUCAUUUUCCCCAUCUUAUUUUGAGGGCUUUUUAAUUAAUAAAUAAAAUUAAUAAUUAAUAAAUAAAAUUGGCAUGUUUUACAGCAUGACAAGGAAUUGCAAUUUCAACAUUAGACGGGACAGGGCUAAUAUGUGUAUUUUUGACAACUGUUUUUACAAUGUCAUUGAAAAUCUAUACAAUACAAUCUGAGUAGAAUCAGCAGUGGUAACAGUCAUUAUGACUUUGAUUUAUAUUUACUAGCAAAGCAAAUCAUUCUGAGUAGAUAUUUUCAUGAAACAGAAUAUUACACUGUACAGUUUUAUAAGAUACAAUGUAAAUAUUUGCCUUUAACUCGUGUGUGUGUCGUGUAUGCAUAAAUACUAUUCUUUUAGUAAUUUGAUUCACAUAAAAGAUAUAUUAACCCUAA